AUGAGGCAUUCUAGAAGUAAAUUCAAGAAGAAUAGUGGAAAUUUUGCUUUUAACGAAGAAGAAUAUCUCGACAAUGCUACUGCAAAGAUAAUCGUAGCAAAUCUUCCACCAAGAUUGGAUGGGCAAGGCUUUCUUGACCAAGCUAAUUUAACAGACAUCGGCAACUUUUACUAUGUGAAAGGGCAUGAUGGUAAAAGCAUAUAUGAAAAACCAGUUUAUUCAAGAGCUUACAUCUCUUUUGAGACAGAGGAGCAAGCUAAAAGCGUUGCCAAUCGUUUGAGCAAAUCGUCUUUUAUGGAUUCAGUUGUUAACGAAGAUCAGGGCACGGAAUCCGAAAGCAUUCAAUCCGUUAACGACUUACAAAAAGAUGAAAUAGUCAUGGACAAUACUAAGAAUUUGAAGGACCAAAUUAAAAAUCAGCCGACACUUAUCCCCAAAGUAAGCAGGGCGACUUAUUUAGAAAUGCCCAAACACAUUUUCAGUGAGAAGACAGAUCCAAGCUGGGACACCAUUCAAGAGACAAUUUCCUACAAAUUGUUUUUAAACUAUUUGGAGGAUCCAUCAUCAGGUAACGCAGACAAAGUUUUGGACAGUUGCUAUCCGAAGCGGCAGAAAACGACACAGAAAAAUCCUAGGAAACAAGCGAAGGGAAAGAAAACUAAGAAUAUUAACGUUCGAAGUUCGGGUCCUAAAUCAGAAAGGUCGCAAAAAGAAAUGACAAAGAAGGAACGACAAAAAAUCAAGAGAUUAAAAAGGAAGGCUUUUAAGGAAGCCAAACUUAAUUCGGAUAAAAAAGCAGGUUACGGGAACAAGAAGAAUAUACCAGUUAAAACUACUGCAAGUACUACGAAGGGCAAAGAGAAAGAUCAGAAAAAAAAUGGGAAAAAACAGGAAACACCAAGCAAGCGAUCGAAUUCAAGUCGGACCAGGAGUGACAAAAAGACAGAUGAUAAAUCAAAAGAUGCCACUAAAAAGCCUGAUUCUAGGACGACAAAGUUAACAAAGAAAAGUAGAAGGAGAAAGAAAGUAAAGAAAUCCCAAGCACAAAAGUCAACGCAUGAAAAACAAAAUGCUUUCUGA